GUCAGCUGUUUUAUGUAUUAUUGUUGCCGGCAUUACGGCAUAACAAAACUUAUUUUCCCAUAAUGUUAAAAUCGUGUGCGUUUCGUUUAAAUCAAACAAAAUAUGGCGCUUGGCGCUGUCUUUCAACGCAACCCACACACAUGAACAUAUUUGAUAGGAACGCCAAGCGGCUGCAAAAGGAACGUGCUGCACUUAAUGAAGAUGUUGCGCUCUAUGACUACCUGAAGGAGGAGGUGGGCUUUCGUCUGGCGGAUCGCGUGUUUGACAUUAAACGCGAGUUCAAGGCAGCUGCUGAUAUUGGCUGUAAUCGUGGUUAUAUAUCGAAGCACAUCCUUGCCGAGUGCGUGGAGCACCUGACACUGACGGAUACAAGCGCGAGUAUGCUGGAGCAGGCACAGGGGACACCUGGUCUGAAGAUGCGUAAACUGGUGCAAGACGAGGAACAAUUGGAUUUUGAGGAGAACUCACUGGACUUGGUCAUCUCUAGUCUGAGCCUACACUGGGUGAAUGAUUUGCCUGGUUGCUUUGCCAAAAUCAAAAGCAGCUUAAAGCCAGAUGGCGUAUUCAUAGCCUCGCUAUUUGGAGGCGAUACACUGUACGAGCUGCGCUCCUCCUUGCAGUUGGCCGAAUUGGAGCGGAAGGGCGGCAUUGCACCGCAUGUCUCGCCCUUUACACAGAUCCGUGACAUUGGAUCGCUGCUGAAUCGCGCCGGAUUCACCAUGCUGACCAUAGACACGGAUGAGUUGGUCGUUGGCUAUCCGAGCAUGUUUGAGUUGAUGUGGGAUCUCAAGGGAAUGGCCGAGAAUAAUGCAGCGUUCAAUAGACCGGCGCAUCUCAGCCGAGAAACGUUGCUGGCAGCCAGUGCCAUCUACAAGGAGCUCUAUGGCAAACCCAAUGAGGCGGGCGUUCCAGCUACGUUUCAAAUAAUCUACUUGGUCGGCUGGAAGCCAGGUCCAAAUCAGCCACAACCAUUGCCACGCGGCACAGGCGAGGUAUCGCUCAAGGAUUUGGGCACGAUUUUUGAGAAGGGCGGUAAAAUCAAAGUUGAUCCAGAAGCAUAGCUUAAAGUUAUAGAAUCUAAUAAAUUGUUUUAAAAAAUUCAA